AUAAAUAGUUCCAAGAUGGCUGAGGGUGAAGGCAAGUGGCGGCCAUCUUGGAAUUCCCUCUCAGAAGAAAGUAAGGAUGAGAGAAGCAUUUGUUUACGUAAUAUUGUGAGCCUAAUGAGCCGCAGCAUGGCGGGAUGGAGACAGCGGCUGUGUGGGGGCUUAUGGGGACACGUGGGGAGUUAUGGCUAUCCCCCCAAAACAGCACACCCCCAAGUACGCCAUCAGACCACAGCGGAGGCGGCAGCAGCAGCAGCGGCGGCAGGAGGACCACUAAUGGAAUACAACAGAAGGGUGUCGAGCGGUGAAUUAAUUGACGACACGCACCAGCGGGAGAUUUUGCAAGGCCUGGAGAAAUGUUACAAUGACGUUAGCCUAUACCCCGGACCCCCGCCCCCCCCUGGAAUGUUCCGAAGGGUCAUGACGAGCUUUGGGGUCCCUACAGCGGCUGCAGAAGCUCCGAAGGGUCUCUACCUAUGGGGGACGGUCGGAACAGGGAAGACAAUGCUGAUGGAUUUGUUGUACGAUUGCGUGUGCGUCGAGAAACGUCGUGUGCACUUCAACGCGUUCAUGCUUGACGUACACGCGCGCAUACACAAGGAGAAGAGCCGUGUGCACAAAAUUCACGCGUCAGAUCAAGCUCGGUAUUUUGAGCCGGACGGGACGUAUACAAUAAGACAUCGCCCACAUGACCCCAUAGCACCGGUGGCCAGGGAGGUGCUGGGGGAGGCCUGGUUCAUUUGCUUUGAUGAGUUCCAGGUAACAGACAUCGGGGACGCAAUGAUCCUGAAGCGUCUUUUCUCCGAGCUGUUUAUGCGAGGUGCCGUCGUCGUGGCAACCAGCAACCGACCCCCUGACGACCUUUACAAAAACGGUCUACAGCGAUCUCAUUUCCUCCCCUUCAUUCCCAUUUUAAAGUCCCACACGCAGGUCAUGAAUCUGGACUCUGGGGUGGACUACCGCUUGCAAGGUCACGCGGACUCUCGGAAGGUCUUUUUCGUGAAGUCCGAGUGCGAUGCGGAUGAGGAAGUUCGCAUUUUGUUCAAGGUUCUCGCAGCUAAAGAGACUGAUAUUGUGCGGCCAAGAACGCUGACCUAUGGGGGUAGAAAUGUGACCUUUAGCAAGACGUGUGGUGGUGUGCUGGAUGCCUCCUUCCCUGAGCUGUGUGAUAGGCCACUGGGAGCCAUUGACUAUAUCCACAUCUGCCUCACCUUCCACACCAUUAUUAUCCGAGACAUCCCGGUGUUGACGCAGAAGACGAAGGGGCAAGCUAGGCGUUUCAUCACCCUUAUCGACACUCUCUAUGACCAUAAGUCUCGCUUGGUGUGUACAAGUGAUGCGCCACACCACCAGAUCUUUCAAGGCCAGCAGGAGGUCACACAGCACCCCGACAAGGACGACCUGAACCUGAUGGAUGACCUGGGCCUGAGAGGAUCACAGAAGGAAACCCAAACUAUGUCAAUCUUCACAGGAGAGGAGGAGAUAUUUGCAUUCGACAGGACUAUAUCCCGACUCGCCCAGAUGACUACACCACAGUACUGGGAGCUGUAUGAGAGUGAGAUGCGAUGAGAGGGGUGUUGGCGGUGUUGUGGGGGGUGUCGGAGGUGUUGGGAGGGGGUUCAGAUGGGUUUUAAAGGGGUUUUAAGGGGUUUUGGGGUGUUUUAAGAGGGUUUUUCAUGACUGCCUCAAUGCUUGGAGCUGUAUGAGUGA